AUGCCGAGAACGAGGCUUCCUUGCUUACCCGAUGAAAUUGUUUCCCGGGUCAUUCAACUGGUCGGAAUAGGAUCUAUUAAAUAUUUAGGGCCGUUUAUUCGUGCUGGUAGGCGGACUUACGAUAUCGUCUUCUCCGAUGAUGUCCUCAAACAUUGCAACGUCCUUCCUGCCUUCACCGAUGAGAUCUCACAACCGUACGGGAGCUUACGCAAUAUCCUCUUGAGGUGCGUAAGAUCAGGAAACGAGAACGCCAUUUAUUUCGAAGGUUUAAGUCUUUUCUACUUCUACAACGAAUACGAAGAGGGCAUCGCGCUUUUAGACAGAAUCGCCUCAACAUUUCCUGCCGCUGCUAUAGCGUCUGCUACGUUCUCCGUUUGCUUAGGACAUUACAGGGAGGCAAGUGCGAUGUAUGAGCUGUUCACAAGAGUUACUGGGUUUGGACUAGAAGAUGAAAGGGCGCAAAGCUUUGGUCGCCAGUUGCUUCAUGCUCUAUGGUGGGUGCCACCGUCGUGGCAUAACCCCAAUCCGCCAGAUUUCCAAUAUCCGGGGCUCCCUGACUGCGUUUAUGUUGGUAGAUACUCAGCUUUUGGGAACGGUUACCUAUACUGGUUUAUGACUCUCCAGAAUAUAAAGGUAAACCCUGUUAUUGGACCAAUAUCUUGCUUUACUGACAUUUACAUUGAAUCAGUAUCUUCUGUGCCUGAAUAA